AUGUCUGCAUCAUUCAAAAGUUCUAAUAGCUCCAAAUUCCAGGUGACAGAAUUCAUUCUGAUGGGAUUCCCAGGCAUCCACAGCUGGCAGCACUGGCUCUCCUUGCCACUGGCACUACUCUAUCUCUUAGCAAUAGGUGCAAAUCUCCUCAUCCUCAUCACUCUCCUCCAGGAUCCCACUCUGAGACAGCCCAUGUACCUUUUCCUAGGCAGCCUCUCUGUGGUGGACAUGGGCCUGUCCACUACCAUCAUGCCCAAGAUCUUUGCCAUCUUUUGGUUUGAUGCCAAGGUCAUUAGCCUUCCUGAAUGUUUUGCUCAGAUCUAUGCCAUUCACUGCUUUGUUGGCAUGGAGUCUGGGAUCUUCCUUUGCAUGGCUUUUGAUAGAUAUGUAGCUAUUUGUCACCCUCUUCGGUACUCAUCAAUUGUCACCAAUUCUUUAAUCUUAAAAGCAACCCUGUUUAUGGUGCUUAGAAAUGGCUUGUUUGUCAUUCCAGUGCCUGUUCUUGCAGCCCAGCGUAACUAUUGUUCCAGAAAUGAAAUUGAACAUUGUCUGUGUUCUAACCUUGGAGUCACAAGCCUGGCUUGUGAUGACAGGAGGUCAAAUAGCAUUUGCCAAUUGGUCCUGGCAUGGGUUGGAAUGGGAGGUGAUCUAAGUCUUAUUAUAUUGUCAUAUACCUUGAUUCUGCGCUCUGUACUUAGGCUGAACUCUGCUGAAGCUGCAUCCAAGGCUCUAAGCACUUGUACCUCCCACCUCAUCCUCAUCCUCUUCUUCUAUACUAUUGUUGUAGUGAUUUCAGUAACUCAUCUGGCAGAGAUUAAAGCCACUUUUAUUCCAGUUCUGCUCAACGUGCUGCACAACAUCAUCCCUCCUUCUCUCAACCCCAUGGUGUAUGCACUGAGGACCGAAGAACUUAGGAAAGGCUUCAAAAGGGUGUUUUGUUUGAGCAUACAAAAGAAAUAA